UCCUUCACACAACCUCCUCACAACUUCCCUCAUCUUCUCUGAGUCGUUGCUCUGCUUGCUUCAAGCCUGUGUGUCAAAGAAAAGAAAAAUGGCUCACCUGGGGUUGCUUGUCGUAACGGCUUUUCUCUUGGUGGUUUCCUCCGCCCAUGGAUCCGGCGGCGGAGGGUGGACGGACGCCCACGCUACCUUUUAUGGAGGAAGUGACGCUUCAGGGACAAUGGGCGGUGCUUGUGGGUACGGGAAUCUGUACAGCCAGGGGUAUGGGACCAACACGGCUGCUCUGAGCACUGCUCUGUUCAACAAUGGCUUGAGCUGUGGUUCUUGCUUUGAGAUUAAGUGUGCCAAUGAUGCUAAAUGGUGCCUCCCUGGCUCCAUUGUGGUCACAGCCACCAAUUUCUGCCCUCCAAACAAUGCCUUACCCAACAAUGCCGGCGGCUGGUGCAACCCUCCCCUCCAACACUUUGACCUCGCCCAGCCCGUCUUCCUCCGCAUCGCCCAGUACCGAGCCGGAAUCGUCCCUGUGGCCUACCGAAGGGUACCCUGCAGGAGAAAGGGAGGUAUGAGGUUCACAAUCAAUGGACACUCGUACUUCAACCUAGUCCUCAUCACCAAUGUGGGAGGCGCCGGAGAUGUUCAUGCGGUGGCCAUUAAAGGGUCUAGGACCGGCUGGAUGCCAAUGUCAAGGAACUGGGGUCAGAACUGGCAGAGCAACAACCACCUUAACGGACAAAGCCUGUCCUUUAAGGUCACAACCAGCGAUGGUCGCACUGUAGUCUCUAACAACGUUGCUCCAGCAGGCUGGUCCUUUGGCCAAACCUUCACUGGCGCUCAGUUCAACUAAAAGCUUCAACCUCAAAUCCCCUGAUUUAUGAUAUGUUAUAGAUUAUAUAGAUAGGAUCUUGAAUUGGAUAUCCUCAAUUCAAGUUUUAGUUAGGUGACUCUCUAGUAUACUAAGAUAUUAGAUAGUAUGCUACUGUAUGUCUGUGGGGGAAGUUUUUUUUCUUUUUUUUGCCUUUUUGGGUCAGAAAAUGAGAAGGGCUUAUUUUUGAAAUGGCUCUUCAUCGUUUUGGGUGUGAGUUAGGCUGUGUCAGUGUAGGGUUCCAGAAGAUUCAUGCGGUCUUUUUUUUAAUUUUUUGGGGAAGUAUUUUUGAGCUUUUGCUGCUGAAGAAGAGUUAGCAGCCGAAGUGGUAAUUUGGGGGUUAAAGAGCUUACUGGAAGAGGUGGAAUCUGGGGACUACCCGCCAGUUAGUGUUUGAAGGAAUAUGAAUUAACAAGUUUCCUUUUCUUUUCCUUUGUGGUUGUGAUUUUUCUCCUUUUGGUGGAGAGUUUGUGAGAAGCAGUGUUUGCUUUCUCUAAUCAAAAUUGUAAAACAGCUUUGGCUGUAGUUAUGUUGUUGUGCAUUUAUCUCUGGUUGUAUCAGAGACUCGUCAAGUUGUAACUUCUUAUUUCGGCUUGUAAUUUCAAGUUCAGUUUAUUUUUA